GUAGCAUGCGCGCUACACACCUCACCUGUGUCCCUUAUUUGCAUAGGCCUACGUAAGCCAUUUUUUAUAUUUGUGCCAGCCGCGACGGUUGCUUAGAGCUACCCGGAAAAGAAAAGAAUAAAAAUAGAAAAGAUCACAGCUGUGCCUGCACUUGGACUCUAUCGGAUAUCGGUCAUGGCGCAGCAAAUCACAGAGGAAGAGCUAAAUGAUCAGCUGAAGGAUGUCCUGACAAGGCUGCAGUCCAAAGACCUCUUCCAGUCCGACUGGGACAUCGCUGCCUUUGCAAUCUUUUUCAUCUUCAUUGGUGUGGUGCUGCUCCUGGUUCUCCUGGUUCUCGUUCGCUGCUGCUGCUGCUGCUGCUGUGACUCAGAGAAGCCACGCAGGACAAAAGUGGGCGUUGACAAUUUAGCAAUGGAGCCGUAGAGGGUGCAGGGAGUGGAGAGGAGGCCUGACUGACUCCUGCCAAAUGAAGACAUGAAAAAAUAUGUAACCUGUUAAAAUGGGUUUCACCGCAUAUUAUGAUUAUGAUACUGCGGUAUUGGAAAGUGCCAUAUCACGGGUAUAACCACUCUACUCUAAAUCCCUCAUGGAUGUGGAAAAAGAGCUCUGGCAUUUGCUUUUGGAAGUUUUUAAUGUGUAUGCUGACCCCCCCCCCCCUAAUUAAUGCACUGAAUCACACUGAAUAAUUCCUCAAGGAAAAUGCUGUCUGCCUUUUUUUCUGUUUUUGAUGUGAAGUGAGAGCUGACUUGGUGUAGCAGAGAGCCAAUGAAUGUCACAACCACAGAAACAAACAUUGUUAUGUGGGAACUGUUGACUCCGUGUUUUCUUACAGAUAUUUUGCACUUUUAUAUUUGAUUCAAAUUUAGCAUCUG